GAUGAAGUUGUGAUAUGUCCCUAUGAUUCCAAUCAUCACAUGCCUAAAUCAUCUUUAGCAAAGCACAUGGUGUCUUGCAGAUUGAGGAAACUGGGCUAUACCAAAGAAGAAGAGGAUCAAAUGUAUAAUUCUGAUUUUUUCUAUGAGAAUGUGAAGAUACCUUCAAUUACUCUGAAUAAGGACUCACAAUUCCAGAUAAUUAAACAGGCUAGAACUGCAGUUGGAAAAGAUGGUGAUUGUUAUAGUCAAAGGAUUUACUCUUCAUUACCUGUUGAAGUUCCUCUGAAUCACAAACGGUGUGUUUGUGAUUUAACCCAAGCUGAUCGUCUUGCCCUCUAUGAUUUUGUAAUGGAGGAGACGAAGAAAAAGCGCUCUGAUUCACAGAUUAUUGAAAAUGACAGUGAUCUUUUUGUAGACUUGGCUGCCAAAGUCAAUCAAGAUAAUAGUCGAAAAAGUCCAAAAUCUUACCUUGAAAUCCUGGCAGAAGUGAGAGAUUAUAAAAGAAGACGCCAGUCCUAUAGAGCUAAGAAUGUUCACAUAACCAAGAAAUCGUAUACUGAGGUGAUUCGUGAUGUCAUAAAUGUGCACAUGGAAGAACUCAGUAGUCAUUGGCAAGAAGAGCAGGAAAGAGCAGAGGAUGAUGCUGAAAAGAAUGAAGAAAGGCGAUCAGCUUCAGUAGAUUCACGGCAGUCUGGUGGAAGUUAUUUGGAUGCUGAGUAUUCACGACAUAGAAAGGAUCGGAGUAGGAGCCCACAUAAACGAAAAAGAAAUAAAGAUAAGGAUAAAAACUGGGAUUCGAGAAGAAGGAAAGACAGGUAAGUCUAACACUGCAUCAUCUGAUGUUGAGUUGUUUACUCUUGAAAAGUAAAUAGAUUCUUCUGUUGUAGACAAUGUUGAGAAAAUGGAUUGUAAGAGUAAAUUACAGUAAGGAGAGUAAGUUUUUGAUGAGAAUUC